GGAAGGGGAGGGACUCCGACGACAAGUCUGAGGCGCUGCUGUGCUUCUUUUUACGAGGCUGCACCAGCGAAACGUUUUCGCGCUUUAAAAAAAACAAAAAAACUCGGUUCCGCGCUUGUUGUUUUUUGUUUUUUUUUUUUGUUUGCAUACAAAUCGUCGUGUUUGUAAAUAUUGGUUUUAAAGCGUCCGGCUGCGCUGCGCCCGGCCCCGGCCUGCACGCUGAGCUGUGCCUGAGCAGAGGGGAGAAGAGCCCACAGCGCAGGCUAAUGGCAGUCGGGCUUAUUACUGCCAUAAACACACGUCAAGUUGCCCGUGAACUUUGUCACAUUUCGGAGCCAUGUCCAGUAGGUUGCUGCUGCCGCUGCUGGGGAGAACAGGCAGAAGAACGAUCUCGGAAAUCGGCGGGGGGCGCAGAGGCACCGACGCACUUUCAGGAGUUCAUGCGGCUGCGAGGCGCUCCAUCAUAGAUCUGUCCUACUCGGCGCACUUCAUGGAUUUUAAAGGCUCCUCCAUACCGAGCAGCAUGAAAAAGCUGGUCGUAACCAAGCUCAGUCCCAAUUUCCGAGAGGCCGUUUCCGCGCAAACCGUGGCCGUUCCGACACCCGGAGACGCGGACUUGCUCGUCAGAAAUCGUUUUGUGGGAAUCAACGCCUCUGAUAUCAAUUACUCAUCAGGCCGUUAUGACCCCUCCGUGAAGCCUCCCUUCGACGCUGGUUUCGAGGGUGUUGGGGAGGUUGUCGGCCUCGGCCUCAGCGCCAGCUCCCGCUACACCGUCGGGGACACCGUGGCCUACUUCGGCAGCGGUGCAUUUGCUGAGUACACGGUGGUGCCAGCCAAGGAAACUGUCCCCGUCCCCGCGGUGAAGCCAGAGUUCCUCACCCUGCUGGUCAGCGGUGCCACGGCCUACAUCGCCAUGAAACGUCUGGGCGACCUGGCAAAAGGUGAGACCGUCCUGGUCACGGCGGCUGCAGGAGGAACGGGGCAGUUUGCCGUGCAGUUUGCCAAGCAGGCCGGGUGCCACGUAAUUGGCACCUGUUCAUCCAACGAGAAAGCCGGCUUCCUUAAAUCCAUCGGUUGCGACCGGCCAAUCAACUACACAGCAGAAGACCUGGCCAAGACACUGAGGAAAGAGUAUCCACAAGGUAUCGACGUGGUCUAUGAGUCGGUUGGAGGCAGCGUCUUAGAGGUCGCGGUGAAUAGUUUGGCUAACAAGGGCCGUCUGAUAGUCAUCGGCUUCAUCUCCGGCUACCAGAGUGCGUCAGGGAUCCCACCUUUCAGAGGAGGGACGCUCCCGGUCAAGCUGCUCCAGAAGUCAGCCAGCAUUCGGGGUUUCUUCCUGCCCCACUUCAUGAGUGACUACAGGGAGGCUCUGAGUAGCAUGAUGCAGAUGUUUGCCAAAGGGAAGUUAGUGUGUGAGGUGGACUGUGGGGAUCUGGCACAGGAGGGGAGGUUCAUAGGCUUGGAGUCAGUUUUCCGUGCCGUGGACUACAUGUAUGCUGGGAGGAACCUGGGCAAAGUGGUGGUGGAGGUGGCACCGCCGGCUGUUAGCAAUAGUAAGCUGUGAUGUAGAUAACUGUUGAUGCACUAAAGAAAUCAUACUUGAAUUUACGUGAUAAGUUUAAAUCAGAAGGCUUCACUGAACAUUUUCUAAUAGAGGUGAGGUUCUUUAUUUUUAUAAAAUGAUUGAUACAGCCUAGUAACUGAAGAAAUGCUACAGAUAUAUAUAUAUAUAUAUAUAUAUAUAUAUAUAUAUAUAUA